AUGGUCAACAUUACACACGUCAAUUUGUUGACUCUGGCGGCGAGCAUUCCUUAUGCCAAUGAGCUGUAUGGCAUUGCCAAUGCUUCGACGGAUCACAUAUCGUUCUUGUCCUAUAAUGACACCUUUGUCACCGACAUCCUAGGACCCAAUGUUUCACAGCAAUUGGUCAGCGACCAAGACUACCAGGCUUUCCAUGAAGCAGGCGUGUAUAACAUCAAGACCGGCAAGCUCUAUGCCACCAGCAACUGGAACGGUAGUUUCGGCAACCCGAUCAAUGUCACUGGUAUCGACAUCAACGGCAACCAUAGCAUCCAAUCAUACCACUACGAGCAUCUGGCUGAAGCCAAUGGAGCCACUGCCUGGUACCCUGUUGGCUCUCCUAGAAACAGUAGCGAAGGUCAGCAAAUCGUCUUCUGCGAUGAAGGCGACUUGACGAACCCUGCACAGCUUGUUCUCGUAGACCCAGCGACCAACAAGAGCCAAGUCUUGAUCAACAACUUCCUUGGUCGCAACUUUACCUCUAUCAACGAUGUCAGACAGCACCCUGUAACCGGUGACCUCUGGUUCACAGACGUACCGUACGGCUACUGGCAAUACUUCCGUCCGGCUCCUGUCAUCAAGAACCAAGCCUAUCGCUUCGAGCCCAAGACUGGUGUGGUACAGGCAGUCGCCGAUGAUGCCAUUGCUCCUAAUGGCAUUGAGUUCUCCCCUGAUUUCAAGCAUGUUUACAUCACCGAUACGGCUGUGCACACGUUCCCCAACAAGGACAACUUGACAAUGCCUUCGACAAUUUACCGCUACGAUGUUACUCCCGAUGGCAAGAGAUUGCAGAACAAGCAAUUGUUUGCUUAUUCAGAUAUCGGCUUACCAGACGGACUACACUGCGACACAAAUGGCAACGUGUAUGCUGGAACUGGAGAUGGUGUGCAUGUCUGGAAUCCUGAAGGUGUUUUGCUUGGCGUCUUUGCAGUUGCCAAUGGAAACGCCAACUUUGCUUUCGUACCUGGUGGCAUGUACAUCUUCAACGAGUACAAGUUGUACAAGGUCACGUUGCAAGCAGAGGGCCGUGAGGUCAAGAGAGACUUUGGGUUGUACUAG